AUGGAUAUGGAAAAUUUUACAUUUCAUUUACUAGAAAAGCAAUACGAAAAUAAAAGUGCGCUUAAAGUAAUCGCUGAAUAUAUUUGCUUGCAUAGUCACACAGCAAAGCCAUUGCCAGACUUGUACUGUGAAGAAUUCCCAAUCAAACAUACUUUAGGUAUUCAAAUAUUUGUUUUUGUGGCAUUUACAAGUAUUAUAAUGACAAGUGUUGUUGGAAACUGUAUUGUAAUGUGGAUUAUUGCUAAGCAUAAAGUGAUGCAUCGUGGUUUUAAUUACUUUUUAUUCAAUAUGGCAUUGGCAGACUUUUUGAUUGCAUUACUUAACGUAGGCACUACGUGGACGUUUAACUUUUAUUACGAUUGGUGGUUUGGUGAUUUUUGCGCAGCCAAUUUGUUCUUUGGUGUUACUCCUACUUGUGUUUCUGUCUUUACAAUGACGGUAGUCAGUUGUGAUAGAUGCAAGGCAGUAGUAAAUCCAUUAUGGAAAAGGCCUUUAACAAACAAACGUACGAUAUUUGUGAUAACUUUGAUUUGGUUAUCAGCGACGUGCAUUGCUCUUCCAGUUGUUAUCAACUCAAAAAUAGAAAAGCAUUACUAUUUUUCGUCAAGUUCUCGACAAUUAACUAUUCAGUGGUUGUGUUUGAACGAAUUUAAAUACAAAGUUUUAUAUGACAAUAGUUUGUUACUAAUUCAAUAUGUGAUUCCAUUGAUAAUAUUAUCAGCAACAUAUGCUCGGAUAGCUUGUGCUUUACAAACUAAACAAGAAUUACGAGAAAGUGUUAAGCAAUCAGUUACAGGACAGUCUAAAAAAAAGGUUGUCAAAAUGUUAGCAGUAGUAGUAACGAUAUUUAUGGUUUGCUGGUUACCUUAUCAACUUUAUCAUGCUUUGUUGGAACGAAUGAUUCAAGACUUUGAUAUUGCAUCCAAUAGUUAUAUGAUAUUUUAUUGGCUUGCAAUGAGUGCUUCAGUAUAUAAUCCAUUCAUUUAUUGCUAUACAAAUGGCAGGUUUCGGAUUGGUUUCCGAUAUGCAUUUCGCUGGUUGCCAUGGAUUAACUGUUCAUAUAAUGAAUACCGUAACAGUGCUCUUUUUAAAGAACUUCCACGAUAA